GGGAUGCGUGUGUGCGCGUGUCGCUGUGGCGCCGCCGCGGAUUCUCUGCCGCGAGGCUGUAUCUGUGGCGAAGACGGAGCUUGCGGGCCGGAGGCUCCAGGAGAAAAAGCACCGGGCGUGGAGAUCCCGUGACGCCUGCGCUUUCAGCUCUGAGAGCCUGAGCUGAACUCGGGGGAAAAAAAUGGAUUUCAUUUGAGACUGGUUGGCGAGGACUGGAACGCACCACGUUUGCAAAGCGCUUUGCACAAGGGAGCCCUGGAGGCUGAGUCUGGGCAGCGUGAAGACCCCGGUGGCACUGACCCACAGGCAGAAUGCAAGCCCUUCACCUUCCGCACCGCAGCCCCAGCAGCUACAGGGUCAAGGCCAGGGCAUCCUAUGUGGAUGAGACCCUGUUUGGCAGCCCAGCAGGAACCCGGCCCGCUCUACCAGACUUUGACCCGCCCUGGGUGCAGAAUUGUAACCGAUCCAGAGGAGUGGGCCCAGGACCACCGAAGGGCUCUCUGACCAAGAGAGACUGUGAGUCCCCUUCUUCCAGGAGCAGCACCCCAAACCUCACACCAAGGAGGAAAAACAAAUACAGGCUGAUUGGCCAUGCCCCAUCCUACUGCGAUGAGUCACUGUUCGGCACCAGCAAGGAGGGGUCUCGGACGGCUGUGGGGGAUGCCGCCAAGCUCCGGACCCUUUUCUGGACCCCGCCAGCCACCCCUAGGGGCAGCCACACACCUCGCCACAGGGAGACCCCUCUGAGAGCCAUUCACCCAGCUGGACCAUCCAGGACAGAGCCCAGAAUGGCUGCAGGCUCCCAGAUGUCAUCCCAGGAUGGGUUCAGUGUUCCCGGCUCUCUGGGACAGAGGCGGUCCCAUUCACUCACCCACCUAACUGUCCCCAGCACGGGUCAUCCAGCUUCCAGUGCUCCCCAGACCAAUGGGCCUUGGAGUCCCCGGCCUUACACAUCAGGGGCGACUGUCCAGAGUCCCCUGGUCACUCCCAAGGCCUGCUCGGGCAGUGUUUCAGGGCCAGCUGCCCCUCGGCGAGGGGCCUGUCCUCCCAAGCCAAAGCCUCCUUGGAAGUGAGGGUCUCACCGGGGAUGCGUUUGGCUCAAAGCCAGGACUCAAGCUCAGGUGGGGUCCUUUGGAGACGAUGGUCCCCAGGGCCACCAGAUGCUGGAGAAGCCCCCACAGGGUGCCACGGUGAGGAUGGGCCAUGUUGUCCUUAGUCCCCACAAGCUCAGGAUGUCCCCAGCCUUCUCUGCAAGGCAUUUGGGGUCCUUGAGGUGUCGUCUCUCUAGCCGUGCCUCAGCCGCCUUCUGCAUCCGUGCCAAGCCCCACCCAGCUCCCUGCAAAGGAUUACGUUUCUUUUACAGGGGUCAGGAGGCUCGGGAGGAGUGUUCUGGGCUGCGCGUUGGACCCCAGGGGGUGGGACAUGGGGAGACGUUAUUUUAAUAUUCAUGUAUUUAUUCCAUGUAUUAAAUGAAUUUGGAUCACUGA